AUGCUGACUACUAGACAAUUGUCGAAAACUCGACUGAAGUAUAUGGGGUCCCCAGUCGAGCGUCUAGGAGAGGCCCAACAACAUCCAAAAGUUCACCGGCUGUUUGGGUCUGGGAUUGCGCAACGAGUGGAAGAAGAUGAAAAUGGGUCAACCCUGAUAUCGAAUAGAGCGACUGGGAGGUUAUCAUUGACCGGACGACCCGACGAAAAUGUGGAAUCGGGUUGGGGGGAACGCUUAGGCGAAAAUUCGUCAUCACAACAUGUCUCUAAAGUCUCAGAUCCGGAACCGCCGCAAACCGCCAGUACAGAGCUAUCCAACGAUUCGAAUUCUGCCAUGAAUCAGGCCCACAAAGAUGCACCACAACCGGAGGAGCAUGGCGAGCUAAAGUGCUAUGGUUACAAAGGGAGAAAGAGCCCCAAAGUGUCGCUAUUGCGAUCAACCAGGAAAUUAUAUGCUCAGUCUCUUGGGAAAUCACUCGACUGGGACUCAGCUCUGAAGAGCGUUAUAGAUGAUAGUUGGGUCGAACCACAGCCACCUCGCGCGAAAGAAUUACGAGAUGCCACCGACAUCAGGUCGGUCCAGAGGCUUCUUGACGUACUGUGGGAUGAAAAGAAGUUGAAUCAUUAUGUUUUUCGUUUAUACAGAGACCUCCCUCAUCCUGGAGUCGCAUGUCUUUCGAAGCGCUCACGGGGAGCGCUCCUACGUCGAUUCGCUAACCCUCCCAACCGCCGUUGGGUGGACGCUCGCCGCUAUCUCGCGUUGGUGGAGGAUAUGAUCGUUGCUAAACUCCCUAUGUCCCGUUCUUUGUGGAGUUCAGCGAUUCAUCUCGCAGGGCGAGCGUCGGGCAGAGUGAUCAAGGCAGACCUGGUGAGGUCAAUUGGCAUUUGGCAGCAAAUGGAACACGUGGGUGGAAUUAAGGCGGAUAGCGUGGUUUUCACUAUUCUGUUCGACAUAGCCAUUAAAGCCGGCCAAUUCACCGUCGCGGAUCGGCUCUUGGAGGAGAUGGCGAAACGAAACAUCAGCUUUGGUCGUUCCGGAAAGGUCUCGAAAAUGUACUACUAUGGCAUGCUCCACGACGCUGACGGGAUUCACCGGAUGUUCGAUGAGUUCGUGUCUAGCGGAGAAAUCGUGGAUACGGUGGUCCUCAACUGCCUAUUAGUAUCGUUUCUUCGCGCCGGGGAGGUAAAGACCGCCGAAGAAUUGUAUCGUCGCAUGAUCCAUGGGCAGAAGCUCGAGGAGCCGUCCCACAGUUUUGGGCCGAGCUACGCAUCCGGCUUGAUUGACUACCGGGCGAAAUCCAAGCAAGUAAACCGUGUCUUACAGUUAUCUCAGGCUCUAAAGGACCGAUUACCCGACCAUCACCGCGUUCUCCAAGAGGCCUUUCCUAUGGUUCCCGAUACGCGGACAUUCCAUAUCUUUCUGUCCUACCAUGCUUAUCAGACAGGCAGCUUAGAGUCAUUUAUGUCGAUAUUGAAGGACAUGGAGACGAUCUACACGAUUCCACCGCGCGGCAUGAUAUAUUUGUUACUAUUUGAUGGAUUCGCUCACCAUGGUCGAAAGAAGAAGGCUUGGACUGCUGAAAGGCUGCAGGAAACAUGGAGAGCGUAUCUGGCUGUCCUCUACGAAUCCAAAGCGAGAUUCGCGGAGCGUUUCCCCACCUCGGGGAAGUUGAUCUGGCAAAACCCCCUGGAAAGCCAUGCUCCAGGCGAUUCCCGUACACACACACGGACACCCGGUGACUUAUACACCCCGUUGCCGUCCAGCGAGUCGAAUCAGAAUGACCACGUUGAAGACCAUGCUCGAACAGAAACACCGAGGGAAGAAACAGAACGCUAUGCGAACAAUAGGAUGGUCGAGACAGAGGAGGAUGUGGAUAUGGACGCGUUGUUUGACAGCUCAACUCGGAGCAGACAAUCGGAGCACGACUAUCUUGCAGUUCUGGAACGCCAGGUCGAGAAUGGGGUAUUUCUGGGCCGCCGGAUGAUCAUCAUCAUUCUCCGGGCCUUUGGCGCCUGCUGUGGACCCAAGGCGGUUAUGGAAGUCUGGCUUAGGAUGGAGAGCAUAUGGCAGCCUCAGAAACGUAAAGCGCUGGACGUGCUGGCUGUCAAGGAAGAACUCGAGCGACAGAUUCACCGGCGGCGGUAUUGA